AUGAAGCCAGAAAUAAAGAGGUCCGAAGUUAUGAUGGAGGGAGUCCUAACCAUGCCGAUCCGGGCGGAGAUCGUCAAGUCGGUCCUGAAGUUCAUCGUGUAUGAGAGGGAACUCGUCCCCGAACUCUACGAUACAGCCAUCAAGCAAAAUUACGCCAAUUACGAGCCAUCUUCGAUCCUAGGCAACAGGCAGAAAAAGGACCACUUGAAGAACAUGGCCAUAGUUUUUAAGGCAAUCGACUACGCAUUUGACCACGAUUGUGAAGAGGUUCUCAUCUUAUUUGGCAACAACGUUCUUUGCCCUGCAGAAGUUUUCAGACUACAAUUUCCACCCACUGCCCAUGCUAACGUUUCAACUCCUCUUCCAGUAAGGAAGUACACUGCAGAAGUUAUCCGAAACAUAAUUCAGUGGAAAGACAUAGUGAGGAAAAAAAGUUUACCAUCGUCGACCGGCAUCCACCUACUUUUUCUGAUGCCUCUUCAGCGAAGACGCAAGAGCAGCGAGAAAAGGUGUGAAAUUGUCAGUGAUGUUGUUGGAGAAAAAAAGGUCGGUAGGGAUGUGCCAAAGGAGGAGGAGGAGGAGGAGGAGGAGGAGGUGAAUUGUGAUCUCUUAGUCCCCAAGUUGUUCUUCACAGUGUCAAGGAGUGCACAACAGUUUAUCAUUGACUGCAAGUCGAACGUCGCAUUCGAGGAUUUCAGCCUCGACUCCAGUAACGAAUACUUGCAAAAUUUAUCUGGCCUAGCACCGCUGGACAGUACGAGCUUUCUACUCCAAAGUUUUGACUGCUCACCUCUAUACGGCGAUGAUGUACAUGAUGAUAACGACGCAAUUAGUAGUAGUAACACUAACAACAACAAUAAUAAUAACAAUAAUAAUAAUAAUAAUGGUGAUGAUGCUGCUGGUGGAAAACAUAAUGGUGAUUAUGUCAAUGGUCACGCUAAUGAUAAUAACAACAACGACAUCAACAUCAUGAGUAGCAAUGGUACUGAUAAGAAUGAUGACGGUGAUGAUGAUAGUAACAAGAUUAGUAACUACAAUUCUGCCACUACUACUGCUGCUACUACUACUGCUACUACUACUAAUAAUAGCAUUAGUAAUAAUGGCAAUAGUGAAAACCAACACUCUGAAAAUUCAAGUCAAGUUAGUUGCAAUGAUGAUGAUCAUCAUCAUAUUAUUUGCAGUGGUAGUAGUAGUAACGGGGGUAUUGGUAGUAGUGGAAACGGUUGUAGUAGUAGUAGUGUAGAAAAAAGAAGAAAAAUUGAGAUUAACUCCCAAGAUGACGAUUGUGUUGACCCCGGUCUAAAUAAUAAUAAUAAUAAUGAUUGUUUUGGUAACGAUGAUGAUGAGGGUAGUGAUAUUGAAGUAAUUAAUGUCAAGCCAGGAAACAACAAUAAUAAUAAUAAUAGUGAAGAUAAUAAUAUGGAAGACCCAAGCCACGGAAGUAGAAAGUCAUCCGCAAAGAAGUUAGAAUAUGGAGAGCCAACAAAAGAUAAUAAUUCGAAUUUAAAAGUUUCCAAUCCAGUAGCACAUGACUCUUCCAGAUGCCGUGGCAAUAAUCGUAAUGGCGAUAAAGAAGCGAUACUUAGUGACAAAAUAGAAGAAAAUGACGUCUAUGAAAUUUUCGACGAUGGCGAAGACACCAAAGAUCAUAAAAAUGGUAAAUGGAAUAAAAAUAAUUAUGAGUUACUUUGGUUCGAGGCAUGUGUCGUACUGAAGGGCUACAAAGAAAAAUCCUUUUCGGCCGAUGGAAAAUUUUAA